UGUAGGGAUGGAGUGCGAUUAUACCAGCGAAUUGCCGGAUUCUUUGCUUACUCAGAUUCUCUCAUACCUUCGGACCAAAAAUUAUGUUAAGACAAGCGUUUUAUCCAAGCGAUGGAGAAAUCUUUGGUUAAACGUUCCUGUACUUGACUUAUACACCAUUGAAUUCCGGCCUUAUCCUAACGAAGAAGACUUCGCAAGGUUUAUGGAGAAAUUAUUUAUGGAGUUAAACCGCGGGUCACACUUACAAAAGUUCAGGAUAACGUAUUGUGAAUGCAAUGGCUAUCGAGAUCGACUCAUGGAGCUGAUCAGAACAGUGGUUGAUGGUGGAAUUCAGCAUUUGGAUGUUUCUAUGUAUCCUUGUAACAGAGAUGAUUUCAUGGGUCAGAACAUCUACAAGAGCAUGUCAUUGGUCUCUUUGAAGCUUUGUAAUGUAGAGUUAAAGAAUCCAAAGUUUGUUGUUUCUCUACCUUGUCUCAAGAUUUUGAAACUAUCAAAAGUCUGUUACGGUGAGGAUGGUCCUUUAGUUGUGGAGAAGCUCAUCUCGGGAUGUCCUGUUCUUGAAGAUCUUGAGCUGAUCAGGCCGUUUGAUAUUUUGAGUCCACAAGUUGUGUUGUUCCUGCGUUUGAGGUCUCAGACUCUGAAUAGCCUUUGUUUCUCCUUUGCAGUGCAUAGUGGGUGUACAGAUUUUUCAGUUGAGAUUGAUGCUCCAAGAGUCAAGCAUAUGAGUGUUGAAUGGAGUCAACCUGAUAGCAUUGUCGUAAAGAACCUGAGUUCCUUGUUCGAGAUCGACAUUCGUACCCAACGUUAUCCUGUGAAACCAGAUGAUUUUAAUAUUUUCUGUGAUUUCUUAACCGGGAUAUCUAGUGUAAGACAUAUGACAAUCUCCUUGUGGGAACUACAGAUACUUUUUGGUUAUUCCAAACUCGGACCGGUUCCCAUAUUCGAAAACUUGUAUCAUUUGCAGGCACAUGUCAACAGCUCAUCGCUACAACUAUUGUCUGCCUUUCUUGAGAGCUGUCCCAAUCUGAAAAACCUCAUCCUAACUAAAUAUUUUGUUGAAAAGGAGCCAGAGCAAAUGGACAUUACCAACGUGCCUCAAUGUUUAAUAUCUUCGCUCGAGUAUGUUGAGAUUAAGAAUCAGAGGAGGGAUGGAAUUGGGAUUAAACUAGUGAAUUACUUUCUUGAGAAUUCAGCAGUCCUCAAGAAACUAACUAUAGGCUUCGAAUGUUCUUCUGUAACCAACGAAGAGCUAGAGAGAUACAAGAAGCUUCUUACAACAACAAAGCUUUGUCCUACAUUCUCGUACAACUCAAGUUGUGAUUGUUCGAAAUGCAGCUGAUGUUGCGUCUGAGCACAUGGGCUUGUUUCAUCGAACAUUAGUAUAGGAAGAAUUCACUCCCAUUAGCCUUGUUUCAUCGAACAUUAGUAUAGGAAGUAUUUACUCCCAUUAGCCUUGUCAUUUUAUUGACAUGAUUUUUUAUUAGGUUUGCUCAUCUU